CUCCGCGUUCUUUCUUUUCGCCGGCCGCGAGAAGAGAGGAGCGACCGCGACCGAGCCCCCAAGCAGCCCAACUAAAAAUUCUCUCCCUCUCUCUUCUGUCGCUCUUUCGUCCGCGAGAAGGCUCGCUCGUCUCCCUCCCGCACUCAACCAAGAUUUUCUCUCUUCACAUUAAUUUCACAAGAGACGAUGAACGGACUCAGGCAUCUCGGCUCCAGAGGGACUGCUCUCCUCGUGGGCAGGCGGGCUGUGAGCGGCGCUCUGGCCAAGAGGAACAACCACACCGUUGAAAAGGGCGCUCCACUCACCCACUUCACUGAUGAGGAAACCAUGCUCAGGGAUACAGUGCGCAAAUUGGCAACAGAGAAAAUUGCUCCGCUUGUGAAGAAGAUGGACGAGGAGGAGAAGAUUGACGAGGGCGUGCUCAAGUCUCUCUUUGAGAAUGGACUGAUGGGAAUUGAGGUACCUGAGGAGUACGGUGGCACCGGCGCCUCCUUUUUCUCCUCAAUGCUGGUCGUUGAGGAGUUGUCCCGCAUCGACCCUUCAGUGGCUGCUGCCUGUGACGUCCACAACACACUCGUGGUCAACCUGAUGGCACAGCUGGGCAACGAGGAGCAGAAGAAAAAGUACCUGCCGCGCCUCUCGCAGGACAUGGUUGGCAGCUUCUGCCUUUCAGAGCCUCUUGCUGGCUCUGAUGCCUUCUCCCUCAAGACCGAGGCCAAGAAGGAUGGAGACCACUUCAUCAUUAAUGGCGCCAAAAUGUGGAUCACCAACUCAGACGUCGCUGGGGUCUUCCUUGUCAUGGCCAACGCUGAUCCUUCUAAGGGCUACCGUGGCAUCACUUGCUUCAUUGUGGACCGUGACACGCCAGGCGUGAGCGUUGCCCCCAAGGAGAGGAAGCUCGGAAUCCGCGCCUCCGGAACCUGCAUGGUCCACUUUGAUGGCGUCAGGGUCCCAGAGAGUAACAUUCUUGGCGAGUUUGGCAAAGGCUACAGAUAUGCCGCUGGAAUGCUGAACGAGGGCCGUAUCGGCAUUGGCGCUCAGAUGGUUGGUCUGGCCCAGGGCUGCUUUGAUGCCACCAUCCCAUACACACUUGAACGCAAGCAAUUCAAACAGUCGAUCUAUGACUUCCAGGGCAUGCAACACCAAAUUGCCCAAGUGCACUCUGAGAUUGAGGCUGCGCGCCUGCUCGUCUACAAUGCUGCCCGCAUCAAGGAGGCCGGUCUGCCCUUCAUCAAGAUUGCAUCCAUUGCAAAGUAUUUUGCGUCAGAGGUGGCAACAAAAGCGACCUCUCGCUGCGUCGAAUGGAUGGGCGGUGUUGGCUUCACAAGAGACUUUCCCCAGGAGAAAUUCUACCGUGACUGCAAGAUUGGCUGCAUCUACGAAGGCACCUCCAACAUCCAGCUCAACACUGUGGCCAAGUAUCUCAAGCAGGAGUAUUCUUAAGUAAUGAAAUUAACAAAAAUGUAUAAGUGCCUUGCGAAUUUUUGACGACUGUUCGCAAAACCUGCAAAAAAUUGAAGCCUCUGCAUUUGCCUCCUCUCUCUUUUAGUGAGUUGAGUGUUUUAGUCAAACUUGCCAACUAACGCAAUAAAUCAAUGAAAUGAAACAAGAUGCCAUAAAAAUGAAUUAUUAAUAAAUAUACUGAUUGUUUAAGAGGAAGAAUCUUAUUUUGUCUAUGAAUAAAAAGUUUAAGAAGAAUGUUACUAUUUUUAGAUACUCUCUCCUUAUAUCAAAAUAUGAAUUGAAUUGUAUUGUGCAAUAAAAAGGAUAAAAAGUGCCCUAAACAA